ACAAAAAGACUUGACAUAUGAUCAGUAUUUGUUUAUGUAACUGAAGUCGAAAUCAUACUUUAUUUGAGCACAUGUGCCAAUUUACAGGAAUCUUGUAAAACUGACAGAGGUGGAUGUGAGAGCAAGGAACGACAACUCUGGGUAGAGAUUGCUGCUAUGGCAUUCCGUAUAUUUUGCGACACUCGGACGAUUUCUGGUAGUAAUAACCCGGAAGUGAGGUAAUACGUAAACAAAAUAAGACACUUUGACAGCAUGUUCAUGAUGUUGAAAUGAUCUGUAAAUAUGUGAAAUAACGAAGUACAGACUGUUUUAUUGUGGGAUAUCACGAAAAUGAGGAUAUUAAACUUUGACUGUAGAAUGAUUAAAUUCCGUGUGAUUGUUCGUUUCCUUUGUUUAGGAUUGUUCUUAUUUACAACUAUUACUAUAACUGUUUCCUGGCGGUCUGUGAUAUCCCUAGUGUUAUUUAUAUCGUCCCUAUAUUUACUUUCUCCACCAAAGAAUUCUAGAAUCCCAAAAGACGACGAACAGAAAACCACGAGACAAAUCGUCAACGAAUUGUACCCGCUCGUGGGCGAGGAAGAACUUCAGGAAAACGUGCAUAAGGCUGUAUUUGACCUCGUGACGUAUGAUGCUUCGAAAGUUCCGGCUUUGGAACAUUUCAAACCUAUCCAAGAAAACACAGAAUGCAUAUUUGCCAGGAAAGCGAAACUCUGGGGAAACCAGGAAUGGAACAAAGAUUUAAGUUUGGAGGAAAAUGUAUUCAGAUUUUUACCUUCUCUGUUGUAUUUCACACUGGUGUGUCGUCAAUAUAAACUGGACGGUUUUCUUAUUGAGGUACCUGAGGAAUACCACCAAGGGAACGCACAGGCUUUUGCCCAGACGUUCAGAAAAAUACUUAAAGUGAUCUCCAAUAACGACCCAAAGAAUGUUCGAUGCAUGGACAAGUCGUAUGUUGCAAAACGAGGCUGGGUUUUUGAGUUCAACAAAGUGACCUUUUUCAUAACAACAUUUGGGCCUUUUUAUCCCGAAACAAACAGCAGGUACGCCUUUGGAUGUGAAAACUGCUUUAUAUUGCUUCAGCCGGAGUUGAGUUUUGCUCUCCAUGAUCUGACCCUGGACACUCCAAAGACAAAUUAUGACAGUCCUGUGACAGAAAGGGACAGAAUUCGGUGUGCUUAUAUGAAAGCAGGGAGACCCUAUGUUGUGCCAUCUGACCUUACUCAGCCAAUGGCGUGGGACAUGAUCAAGCCAAUCACAAACGACGAUACAUUAAUUCAGUGGUGGAAGUAGAAAAUUGGAAUGAUUAAAUUAAUAUGAAUUGUAAUAUUGACUGAUUGUACAGUUUGUAAUAUAAACACCAGUAUUGUU